GCUACGAGCUUCUCGCAUGGAUAAAAUACUGAUCCUUGUGGGGCUUGUACUCUUAGGACUGCUCCUGCUAAGUAAUGGGUAUACAAUUCAUGAAUGCAUAGGAGUAGAUACUGGGUUUAUUAACAAUACACGUGAAAACUGUUCAUAUUUUCCUUUGAUUUUUUGCUCCGGGACUAUGGAAAAUGUGUCCUCCCAGUUCUGCGAAUCAGAAAAGAGGUGCGAUACCGACUGGGAAUGCGUUAACAUAACAACGGUAGCGCCAGACACUUCAACAGUGACAGCAGUUCGGGAAGACACCACAAAACCAAUGCAGACUGUACGAGAAUUGUGCCGCACAGAUGGCUUUCUGUUGGUCGAGCAAUGCCCCAUCGGAAUUGCAUUCAAUGAAGCAACCAGCACCUGCAGUGGACGCACCGCUGACGUGCCUAAUUGCAGGUCCACCUAUCGUCUGCACUAGGCGUGAAUCGUUUUCGCGGCAACAGGGGAACUUCGUUGUAGCUCUCGGAUU